AUGGCUCGUACCAAGCAGACUGCCCGUAAGUCCACUGGUGGCAAGGCUCCCCGUAAGCAGCUCGCCUCCAAGGCCGCCCGUAAGGCUGCCCCCUCCACCGGAGGUGUCAAGAAGCCUCACCGUUACAAGCCCGGUACCGUCGCUCUCCGUGAGAUUCGUCGCUACCAGAAGUCCACUGAGCUGCUCAUCCGCAAGCUCCCCUUCCAGCGUCUCGUCCGUGAGAUUGCUCAGGACUUCAAGUCCGACCUGCGCUUCCAGUCUUCUGCCAUCGGUGCUCUCCAGGAGUCCGUUGAGGCUUACCUCGUCUCCCUCUUCGAGGACACCAACCUUUGCGCCAUCCACGCGAAGCGUGUCACCAUCCAGUCCAAGGACAUCCAGCUUGCCCGCCGCCUCCGUGGUGAGCGUUCUUAA